CGGGAAGCUUCGUUAUUUUGUCAUUAACUGCUUCGAAGUUGGUGUCAUAUAGAUUACAGAGGUAUCCCAGAAUGUCUGCACCAGGUGGCGCUUCCCUCCUAGUCAUCUUGUUGACCGUCAGUGUUGUUGUGAAAGUGAUAGAUGCACAGGGCUGUCAAGAUAUAACGACAUGUGGCACAAACUACGGUCCUGCUCUAGCAUCAGCAGGACAAGACAAGGACAAAAUAUGCAAGGCCGCCAAUGUCUACCUGACUUGUCUAGAAGCCGCCGCAAAGAAAUGUAGUGUUGAUGUCGACAACACAGUGGAACCCGCGAGAAAGGCCUUGUCGCAGGCAGGGUGUUCUGGUUCCGGUGCACCUGUCCUUAGUUUCGUUGCCAAGGUGUUGGGAGUUGUCAUUUCCGGAUCAUUUUAAACUGAUAAAAAUAAAGGAAACAAAGCUAAAAAAAAAAUCAGAUCGCUUGUUCAAAUGAAA